AUGGUAGUGUCUCAGGCUCUGAGAUUGAAGGACUGUGGUUUGUCAGAUAUUGGCCUUGAUUAUCUGGCAGCAGCACUGAAGUCCAACCCCUCGUAUCCCACAGAGGUGGACCUGAGUGGAACCUACAGCAACCUGCAGGAUUCAGGAGUGAAGCAUCUGUGUGAUUUCCUGGAGAAUCCACGAUGUCGAUUUAAAACUCUGGGAUUGGUGGGCUGUGGUUUGUCAGAGAUCAGCUGUGAUUAUCUGGCAGCAGCACUGAAGUCCAACCCCUCCCAUCUGAGACAGCUGGACCUGAGCGACAACAACAACCUGCAGGAUCCAGGAGUGAAGCAUCUGUGUGGUUUCCUGGAGAGUCCAGGAUGUAAACUUGAAACUCUGGGAUUGAGGGACUGUGGUUUGUCAGAGAUCAGCUGUGAUUAUCUGGCAGCAGCACUGAAGUCCAACCCCUCCCAUCUGAGAGAGCUGGACCUGUUCUACAACAACAACUUGCAGGAUCCAGGAGUGAAGCAUCUGUGUGGUUUCCUGGAGAGUCCAGGAUGUAAACUUGAAACUCUGAGAUUGAGCUGCUGUGGUUUGUCAAAGAUCAGCUGUGAUUAUCUGGCAGCAGCACUGAAGUCCAACCCCUCCCAUCUGAGAGAGCUGUACCUGAGCGACAACAACAACCUGAAGGAUCCAGAUGUGAAGCAGCUGUCUGAUCUUAAGAAGAGUCCAGACUACAGACUGGAG